AUGGCCUCCGCCUCGCGCACCUUCUCCCGCGCUCUGCGCACUGCCGCCCCUUCGCUUCGCGCCACGACUACACGCUCUGCCCGCUUUGUCGCGCCAGCUCAGAAUGCUUUCCGUGGCAAGCAAUGGCAACGCGGCUACGCCACGGGCAACGAGGAGCCCCAGGACAAAUACGAGGGCAACCCCACUGGCAUGUUUGUCGGUGCAGGUGCUCUGCUCCUCGGUGCCGUUGGCUACGCUGCCUAUACGUACAAGCCCGAGUUGCUAGGCCUCGAGGGCAAGCCCAAGGCUCCCUUCGUCCCUCGCUUCGAGAACUACCAGGAGGUCUACAACCACAUCGCCAAGCUGCUCCAGGAGCACGACGACUACGAUGAUGGCAGCUACGGACCCGUGUUGCUGCGUCUGGCGUGGCACGCGUCUGGUACCUACGACAAGGAGACCAACACUGGCGGUUCCAACGGCGCCACCAUGCGCUUUGCUCCCGAGGGCGACCACGGCGCCAACGCCGGUCUGAAGGCUGCCCGCGAUUUCCUCGAGCCUGUCAAGGAGGCCUUCCCCUGGAUCACCUACUCCGACCUGUGGAUCCUUGCUGGUGUUGCCGCCAUCCAAGAGAUGCAGGGCCCUAAGAUCCCCUACCGCGCUGGCCGUUCUGACCGCGACCUGUCCUUCUGCACACCCGACGGUCGCCUGCCCGACGCCUCCAAGGACCGCAGUCACAUCCGUGCCAUCUUCGGCCGUAUGGGCUUCGACGACCGCGCCAUGGUUGCGCUGUCCGGCGCCCACGCUCUGGGCCGCUGCCAUACUGACCGCUCUGGCUUCGACGGGCCCUGGACAUUCAGCCCCACCACCCUGACCAACGAUUACUUCAAGCUCCUGAUGGAAGAGAAGUGGGCGUACAAGAAGUGGAACGGCCCCAAGCAGUUCGAGGAUGUCAAGACCAAGACCUUGAUGAUGCUGCCCACCGACAUGGAGAUUGUCAAGGACAAGAGCUUUAGGAAGUACGCUGAACUGUACGCCAAGGACAACGAUGCCUUCUUCAAGGACUUCUCCAACUCUGUUGUCACUCUGUUCGAGCUUGGUGUGCCAUUCGAGCAGCCUGAAGACCAGAGGUGGGUCUUCAAGAGCUCCUUCGACUAA